AUGCAGAUCUUCGUCAAGACCCUCACGGGCAAGACUAUCACCCUUGAGGUGGAGUCCUCUGACACAAUCGACAAUGUGAAGAGCAAGAUCCAGGACAAGGAGGGCAUUCCCCCAGACCAGCAGCGCCUGAUCUUCGCCGGCAAGCAGCUCGAGGAUGGUCGCACCCUCUCCGACUACAACAUCCAGAAGGAGUCCACCUUGCACCUCGUGCUCCGCCUGCGCGGUGGUAUGGCCAAGAAGAGAAAAAAGAAGGUGUACACUACCCCCAAGAAGAUCAAGCACAAGCGCAAGAAGACGAAACUCGCGGUCCUCAAAUACUACAAGGUUGACGGCGACGGCAAGAUUGAGCGUCUGCGCAGAGAGUGCCCAGCUGAGACUUGCGGUGCCGGUAUCUUCAUGGCUGCCAUGCACAACCGCCAGUACUGCGGUCGCUGCCACCUGACCUACGUCUUCGAUGAGGUGAAAUAG